AGAGGUACCAAACUACCAAAUUUGCCAACAUUGGUUUCAAUUGACGCGGUAGAUAGCUAUGUGGCUAUUUAGCUAGCCAACUAACGUUACUAGUUAGCUAGUAACUGACCAGUGAUGUGAGUAUAGUUUGCUAGCUCGCUACUCGAAACUGUGAACCAUUGCUAGCGUUCCAUCUAGCCGGCUAGCUAACGUUAUAUCGGUUCCUUCAAACUGUUACUAGUAUAGUAAUAUUUUAAUGUAUUUUUUUGUUACAGGUAGCCAAUUAGCUAACGUUAGCAUACUACAGUCUGGCCCUGAGGGCUAGCAAAGUGUAGCUAUCAGAUUUUCCAGACUAGACAAGACAACGUUAGCUAGAAUGUUAUUUAAUAGCUCUUGAAUAGUGUCAUGCAUGCACUUCAAUCUUUAGCUAACAAGACAUAACGUGACAUUAAGCUCGAGGCACCUGCAUGAUCGGUGUCUCCGGGCUCCGAAGAGGAGCGAAGCUGUCUAUUCAUUUCCCACCGUGUGGCAUUGAAAUCAAAACAACCAGCCCCAUGACCACAGAUUGGGUGUGAACGAGGGCGCAACAUCAGGACAGAAUGUCUCUCCUGCUCAUUGUUUUAAUAGCACUUCUUCUGCUCCUGAUACUAUCUGUCCUACUCUUCAGAUGGUUCAUAUGCAGCCUGGCGGUACAGUUCUUCCACAACACACUGAACGCUGAGCUGAAGAUCAAAUCAGUGGGGCUCUUUUCAGUGCGUGGAAUUAGUAUCCAGUUUCAGCCCCAGCACACACUGGAAAUAGACAGAAUAUGGAUUUCAAGCAAACUUUUAAACCAGAACCUGCCGAGGUGCCUGGCGUUGUGUGUGGGCAAGACCAGAGUGAGAGUGGACCUGCAGCAGCCUCUGAGACCUCGGGCGCUUAAGAGCUUUGAUGGAGGAGAGUCAGGGAAGGUUCCCCUUAGCCCCGCAGCCCUGCGAUUCCUCUCCCAGCUGCUGUCCUUCCAUAUUGACUCCAUCAACGUGAUGGUGUUAAACCUAGCCCUGUCAGAGUCUCUAUGGCACAUGACCACCUCAAGUAUCGACCUACUGCUCGACCACCAGGGCAAAAGGUUGGCCUGGGACUUUUCUGUGGGCCAGCUAAGGAGUAAAGUGCUUAAAAGCAGUCGAUUGGAUACAUGUCUGGCGGAGGUGUCCCUGAGCCUGGUGCUGUCUGGGGAUGUCAGCCUGCCAGAGGUGCGUCCAGGCCGACUGGCCCUGUGUGUGAGAACACUGCUGGCUGAGAUGCAUGAGGGCCUGUUUCUCAGCCAGCUACUGCUUCCACCAACUCCUCUGGAGAGCACUCUCUCUACAGACGAAUAUGAAAAGGACGAGUAUGUCCAGACUGAAGCAGUGGAGCAGUUUCAUCAGCUGGUGCCCCAUAAGGUCAAUGUGGAGUUUGAGAAUACUAGUAUAACCCUGUCCAUGCACAGCCAUAAAAGACACUUGAACUGGACCCUAAAGUCUCUGAAGGUGGGAUACGGACGUGAGGACAAGCAGCUGCCCCUCAGGAGCUUCACCCCUGAGAUGAGCUUCCCUCAGAGCAACCUGGAGCUACUUCUGGAGGAUGGGCUUCUCCUCUCCCAGAGCAGACAGAGAAUCCUUUGCCUCAACACCCUCAGGACUGUCUUGCAGGCGACAUCAGUGGAUAUUUCAGGGUCAGUCACAGUCAACACCUGCAUCAUCCACUACCGUCACCAGGAGUUCUCCCAUUGGCUAGACCUGUUUCCAUGGGAACAGCUUAUUCAUAGGAAAGCAGCUCAUAGAAAGAGUCCAGUGGAGUAUUUUCAUACCCUCCCGUCCUACAGGAACUUCCCCCACCUGGACGCCCCAGUGAUGAUCAGCUCCUCUGUGUCCAAUGUCAACGUGUCUGUCCAGCUGGGAGACACUCCUCCCUUCGCCCUGGGCUUCAUCUCAGUCAGCACAGAGAUGCAGCACCUCCUGGACAUCAGCACAAACACAGAGAGCCUCAAGUUCCAGAAUGUUCACCGCCGCCUCUCUCUGUCCCUGGACCACUUCUGGUGGAGGGUGGGCCAGGGCUCCCACAUCCAGCAGGCACCCCACCCCCCUGGCAAACACGUGUGGGGGGAAGCCCUCAUCCUGGACUCCCUUACACUGCAGGUAAUGCAGGCGUACAACAAGGGGAGCUUCAACAAGCCCCAGAGUGAGUCCAGUAGCCAUUCUGAGAGUGUGAGUGUGGAGUCCAGUCUGAAGGGCCUACAGCUGGAGGUGUCAGAGACCUGUGCCCUGUGCCUGUCCCGCCUACUGGCUCUCUGUAACCUGGACAACGGCAGGAAGCUGGAGGCCUCGAAGCAGCCAGAUGUGGUGCCUGUACCUGCCCUUGUUGAUGGGACAACCUCCCCCAGUCAGGGCGCCUUUUAUUUUAAGAUUGAGUGUAACCUGGAGGAUGUCAAUGUGUUCACACUCUCCGUUGUAGCAGGAGCCAUGUCUUUGCGGGUGGACACAGUGAAGGCCCAAGGCUCGGCGGAAAGCUCCACGGUGUCUGUCCAGGGUGUGUGUCUGUCUGUGGUGAAGGCUCUCACAGAGACCAUUGAGCCCUGCUGUCCCUCAGCCCAAACCCCCAACCCUGUCCUCAGCCUCUCCAUCCUGGCCGUCUGCUACCACGUCACCACCGGGAACGUGGAGGUCCAGUGUCAAGAGGAGCUGGCAGUGCAGUGGACACCAUCAGACCACAUGUUUUUGUAUCACCACGCGACAGAGAGCCAGGGUUGCUGGGAUACUCUGUGUGACUCUCUAGGCCUAACAGAGAAAAGAGAUGACGAGAGUUUAGCAGAUCCACCAGAGAGUGGAUCUACUAAGACUUCUCCAGCCCACAGCAGGGUCAAGGACCUGUCUGUGCAUGUAGAACUGGGCAGAACCCGCUUCACAGCCCAGGUGACGGAGCACAACUACCUCCUGCUGCACACAGAUGCCCUGUCCCUCUCCACACACUCCGGCUCCAUGAACGUCCGCUCGCCCCACAUGUUUCUCAACUUCGACGGCAACGACAUAUUCUCCUUCAAGGGCCUGGAGGUCCAGACACACCCUGAUCAGGCCCUGGACCAACGACACCUCUUUCCCUUCCUCUCCACCCGACACAACAGUGCCUGGGUGUUCACCUGCCUCUGCCUGGCCAUGGAGUUCCCCUACCAGUACAACUUCUCCAACACCUUUGACAAGUUCAUCAGCGUUCAGAAGUGGCUCAAGUCCCUGCACAGCAGCCCCAGCCAGACCCCAGCCCUCCAGCAUCUGCCCCCAGAUCUGGUCUUCAAGAUCAGCCAGUUCUCCUUCGUCUUCCUGGACGACGUGUUUGAGAUCAAGCUGAGGGACAACUACGAGCUGAUGAAGGACGAGAGCAAGGAGAGCUCCAAGAGGCUCCAGCUGCUGGACAAGAAGGUGGCUGACCUACGGAAGCAGCACGGAGAACUGCUGCCUGCCAGGAAGAUAGAAGAGCUGUAUACGUCUCUGGAGCGCAAACACAUAGAGAUCUACAUCCAGCGCUCCCGUCGCCUCUACUCCAACACGCCCAUGAGGAAGUCUCUGCUGACCUGGACGGUGUCUGACCUGGAGCUGCUGGCCCUGGCCGACCAGUCCCUCCACGGGCCGGAGCGCGUCCGCGAGCAGCUUAGGGACAUCGACGGAGUCAGCCCCUUCCCCAGAGACGGGCUCCCCCUGGUGGUCCAGUGGUGCCGGGUAGUCAAGUUCAACCUCACUGCCUUCCUGGUGAGAAUCCGGGACUAUCCUCGUUACUUGUUUGAGAUCCGGGGCUGGGAGCUGUCAGGCCGUCUGAUCGGGACAGAGCAGGAUGGGCAGGGCCGGGCUCGCCGCAGGCAGACGGUGCCACUAGGCCAGCCAUGGGGAGAUGUAACCGUCCACAGGAACAUGCCACCACUCAAGUUUUACUGCGAUUUCAAAUCCAAUAUAUCCUUGUACACUAUAGUGUGGGGGCCUUGCUGGGACCCAGCCUGGACCCUGAUUGGCCAGGUGGUUGAUCUGCUGACCAAACCCACGGUUGACCCCUCCCCUCCUCUGGCCUGGUGGGACAAGAGUCGUCUGCUGGUACAUGGACGCUGGAUCAUGGACAUAGAACAGGCCAACCUCCAUCAGCUGGCCACAGAGGACCCCUAUAACACUACAGAGAACAUGCACUGGGAAUGGAACAAAGUCAACUACGAGUGGAACCCUGGGCAGUUUGUCUUCAAAGGUGACAUGGAUGUCAACGUCAGGACAGCCUCCAAGUAUGAUGACAUCUGUUUCCUGCACCUGCCAAAUUUGUGCAUGACCCUUGACCUCCAAUGGCUUUGUCAUGGCAACCCCCAUGACCAUCACGCUGUAAUGCUCUGCUGUGCGGAGAACGUAGCUGAUGUGACCUCAGGACAACCUCACGACUCCUUCAGAGCCUUCCGCUCAGAGAACCUCAACCUCUCCAUCACCAUGGACCUCAACCAACACUGUGGCACAGAGCCGUGCCAACCCAGAAUCCUCCUGUACAGCAGUACCCUGCGCUGGAUGCAGAACUUUUGGGCCACCUGGACCAGCAUUUCCAGACCCAUUUGCAGAGGCAAACUCUUCCACAGCCUCAGACCCAUCCGUAAGAAGCUGGGCCAGCACUACAAACAGAUGUCCUAUACAGCAGCCUUCCCUCAACUACAAGUGCAUUACUGGGCCUCCUUCGCUCAGCAGAGGGGCAUCCAGGUGGAGUGCAGCAAAGGCCACGUCUUCACCAGAGGGGCUCAGAGACUCAUCCCACAGGCGGGCACAGUGAUGAGGAGGCUGAUCUCGGAGUGGAACGUGACCCAGAUGGUGUCGGAGCUGUCCCUGAUGACGGUGCACCUCAUGGCCUCCACCUGGGACGAGACGGCCGACCACCAGAUCAACGCCCAGGUGAAGAAGACCCACCUGCUCGGCCUGUCCUCCCUCAGUUACCAGCGCCAGAGCAACCGCAUGGAGGAGGAGGUGAACCCAAAAGAUGAGGCGAAUGCCCCCUACACCCACAAGCUGUGCCUGGUUGAUCUGCGAGCCUCCUGGACCACCACUAACAGGAACAUAGCGUUCGGUUUGUACGACGGCUACAAGAAGGCAGCCGUUCUCAAGAGGAACCUCUCCACAGAGGCUCUGAAGGGCCUGAGGAUAGACACUACACUGCAAGCUGCCAAGAAGCUCAAGCGCUCUUUGUCCAACUACUCCGGCGGCCCCAGCAUAGCCCCUUCCACCCCAACCAUGCCCAGCACUAGCCGCCCUGAGAAGAGUCAACACGAAGGGACGUCCAUGCUGCAGAAGCUAAUUGAAGAGACUGAUAAGUUUGUGGUGUUCUCAGAGGAGGACUCUGGUGUGAGUGAUCAGCUGUGUGGCAUUGCUGCCUGCCAGACAGACGACGUCUACAACCGCAACUGGUUCAUCGAGCUGGUCAACUGUCAGAUGAUGCUGCGUGGCACAGAGACGGCUGGCUGCGUGCUGGUGUCUGCUGCCAAGGCCCAGCUGCUGCAGUGUGAGCACCACCCGGCCUGGUACAGCGACACCCUCAAGCAGAAGACCACCUGGACCUGUCUGCUGGACGGCAUGCAGUACUUUGCCACCAUGGAGCCCAACCCCUCAGAGCAGGAGGACUGGCAGCUGUGGCUUGAGGUGAAAAACAUUGAGGAGCGCAGGCAGCGUCACCUGGACUCAGUGCUGGAGCUGAUGGAGAGUGGCCAGGCUGUUGGAGGCAUGGUCAGCACUACCACAGACUGGAACCAGCCGGCCCAGGUGAAUGACACCCAGCAGGUCCAGCGUAUCAUCUCUCGUUGCAGCUGUCGCAUGUACUAUAUCGGCUACAGCCACGACAUCGACCCUGAGCUGGCCACGCAGAUCAAACCCCCAGAGGUACGGCGCAACGAGAAGGAAGACCUGCUGAAAAAACAAGCUGGGGCUGUGGACACCUUCACCCUCAUUCACCAUGACCUGGAGAUCUCCACCAACCCUGUGCAGUAUGCUAUGAUCCUGGACAUCGUCAACAACCUACUGCUGCACGUUGAGCCCAAACGCAAGGAGCACAGUGAGAAGAAGCAGCGAGUGCGUUUCCAGCUGGAGAUCUCCAGUAACCCAGAGGAGCAGCGCAGCAGCAUUCUACACCUGCAGGAGGCCGUCAGGCAGCAUGUGGCCCAGAUCAGACGCCUGGAGAAACAGAUCUACUCCAAUAUCAGGGCCCAGCCUGAGGAGCUGAGAGGAGAUGAGCUGUCAGAGAUCAACGUGAGGCUGCAGAACCAGCUCAACCAGGAGAAGACUGACAUGCAGAUGAAGAGUGAGGAGCUCAACAUCCUCAUCAGAUGUUUUAAAGACUUCCAGCUGCAGAGGGCCAAUAAACUGGAGCUGCGUAAGCCCCCGGAGGACGUGAGUGUGGUUCGCAGGACAGAGAUCUGCUUUGCCCAGGCCCGCUGGUGUCUCACUGAGGAGGAUGGACAGCUGGGCAUCGCUGAACUGGAGCUGCAGAGGUUCAUGUACAGCAAGCUGAACAAGUCAGACGACACAGCAGAGCAUCUCCUGGAACUGGGCUGGUUCACCAUGAACAACCUGCUCCCCAACGCUGCAUACAAGGUGGUGUUGCGUCCUCAGAGCCCGUGUCAGUCCGGCCGGCAGUUUGGCCUGCGCAUCUUCAGUAAGGUCCGGCCCCCAGUGGGAGGAAUCUCAGUCAAGGAGCACUUUGAGGUGAACGUGGUUCCUCUCACCAUCCAGCUCAUGUACCAGUUCUUCAAAAGGAUGAUGGGAUUCUUCUUCCCAGGAAGGAAUGUGGAGGAGGAGGAAGUUGCUGAUGAGGAGGACAAGUCCCGAAUGGUCACCACUGGCAUGCCUGUCACCAAGCCUAGGCAGCUCUCAGAGGACACCAUGGGGGUCAUGGGCCCCAGUAAAGGGGUCACCCAGGGCUUGAACCGCACCUCUGGGGUCAGGAGGUCCUUCCGAAAGGCUGUUGAGCAUCCUGUAGAUGACAUUGACAAGAUGAAGGAGAGAGCAGCCAUGAAUAACUCGUUCAUCUACAUCAAGAUCCCCCAGGUUCCCCUCUGUGUCAGCUACAAGGGAGAGAAAAACAGUGUUGACUGGAAGGAUCUGAACCUGGUUCUGCCUUGUCUGGAGUACCACAACAACACGUGGACCUGGCUGGACUUUGCCAUGGCUGUGAAGAGGGAGAGGAAAGCCCUGGUAGCACAGAUGAUAAAGGAGAAGCUGCGUCUGAAGCCGGCGUCGGGCUCUGACUCUCGUGGCAAGGCGUUUGAGGGGAAGUCCGACACGAGCAUGCAGCAGCAGGAGGGGGAUGAGAAGGCCCGACUCCUCAUCGGUCUCAGCAGCUCAGACAAGAGCUCCAGCAAGAAGAGCAUCUUCAGCCGACGCAAGUGACCGACAGGCCUACAUUCACUUCCACUGAACCAGUACUGUACUGGACCACUGCGCUCUAGUCUAUGGCAGUGUCUGAAAUGGCACCCUAUACCCUACAUAGUGAACUACUUUCGACCAGGGUCCUAUGUUUCCUGGUCAGAAGUAGUGCACUGUAUAGAGAAUAGGGUGCCAUUUUGGGAUGCAGACUAUGGCAGCUACAGUAGCACACUCCCCAGCCCAUGGAAUCAUGGAGAGGUCAGACUGCCUUUACUAGUGUGUUAUCUGAUGACACUUGACAUUGUCAAAUACUGUAUGCAUGUGGAGCUGCAGGUCAUUAUGGGGCAGAGAGACUGAUAAUAAAACAGUGCCAGGACUGAUCCUGACCCUCCCUGUUCUUUGUAUUUGUGAUGAUCUAAAAGUCACAACUGACCCUAGAUCAGCACUCCUAUUCUAAGAGGCUUUAUGGAUACAUGGCCCAGUUCUCUGCUAAAAACAAAUAUCAGGGUCUUAUUGACCAAAUGUAUCUUUUUGUUUUCUUGUUUGUUUAUUUGUUUUUCAUGCCAUACAGUAAACAUUUCAUUUUCAUUCAAUGCAUCACGCAUGGUCCUGAACUUUCAGAAUGAGCAGCCUAUACUUGUUGCAUUAAUAGCAUGACUGGGGUGAUGGCUAUUUUUUUAGUUUCACUGUCUGCUCUUUCCCCUUUAAAUCAAUUAGAACAUUUCAUAGUUUAUAUGUUGACUAUGGUUGUGUCUCAAAUAGCACCCUAUUACCUAUAUAGUUCACUACAUUAGGGGAUAGGAUGCCAAAGUAGUGCACUAUAUAAGGGAUAGGAUGCCAUUUUAAGAUGCAAAUAAUGUGACUUGUUCAGAGCAUCGUUUCCUGCUGGUUCAGGAAUACUGUAUCCUCAAGCAAAUGUAAAUCAGGUAGAUUGUAAAACAUUUAUCUCAAAUGAAAGUACCUUGACAACCAUAGAGCGGCAGGUAGCUUAGUGGGUAAGAGUGUUGUGCCAGUAACCGAAAGGUCGCUGGUUCUAAUCCCCGAGCCGA